GUUAUACGAUUCAAUACGAAAGUGUCAAAAUCGAUUUUAGGUUAAGUACAAAUAUUUGGAAAAAAACACAAGUUUUGCAUUUAAAAAGGAUAAAUUUUUACAUACGAAAAUGACAGGACGUGUGAAAUCAGUAAAUGCGCGUAUUGAGAUCGAAAUUGAAAGAAAUAGGGAGGAAGGAAAUUGGUCCAAGGUUAUUGAGUUAGCAGAAAAUUUGAAGGAAAAACAGCCUGAAACAGUUUGCCUGGCCGAUUUUUUAAUUGGUGAAGGAAAAUUGGAAAACUAUUUGGAGGAAUGUCCCCCUAUUGAAGCAAACAUCAAAAAAGCACAACAUGGUUUAAUUGAAGCUAAGAGGUACUUAAACCUGGCUGUCACUGAGGCCGGAAUUAAGGCUGGUGUAGCUAUGGAUGCAUAUCUUCUACUUGGGAAGUUACAUUUUGCCUGUGGUUUAUAUUCAGAUGGUCUAAGUAGCUUUAAAAAGGCAGAUUUACAAAAUUUGUCAGAGAAAAAGUUACCUCUACGAAGUCUUAGAAUUGUAGCUGAAUCGUAUGCUAUAAAAGGUCUAUGUCUUCAAAAAGAGGGUACUACUUCCAGUAAAUUUAAAAAAGCCAGCAGAGAUGAAGAACUCUCAAAAUGCUUUGAUUUGGCUUCAGAUUUAAGUCUUUUAUACAUGCAGAAAUUGGAGAAAGAACUUUCCACUGUCUCUACCACAGGUUCAGGUACCUAUUCGCCCCAACCAUCAGCCCCGAUUCAAAAGUCCCUGGGGAUAAUAUUAGAGCAAGCCUUACAAGAAGCGCCUGUGGUUUUGCUUCACCAAGGCAAGGCAGAUGGCGCUUUGGAACGAUACCGUUCCUCUCUAUGCGCAGUAGAGUCUCAGGGCGUGAAUUCUAUUAGACUUAAGUUUAUGUGUCAAAUGGCCGAACUGCUUUUGCAGGGUUUAGUAGGAGAAAAAUACAGACCACCGUUAAAUACCAUUGCUAAAACUUCUAUAUGGAAACCUAAGCACUAUACUUCACUGAAUCAGUUUAUUCCGAGAAAUGAAUGUGAAGAAACAAUUUUGCUACUGCUUGUAGCAGAAUCCAUGGCGGUAAGAAACGCAGUAUUGUCUCAGUCGCCUGAGUUUAAAGAUAACAGAGUAAGCGCUUAUCAGGACGCGGUUGCUGUGUACGAUUUGUUAACGGUCGCGACCGUUAGAUGGGGCCAGAUAUCCUUAUUACAAGAGUCCUUGGAACGCUCCAUGAAAUUCUCGUUUGAAGAACCGCAUUUAUGGAAACAACACGCCCUCUCGCUCCUUUCCAUCGGCCUCUUCGAUCACGCGCUCUCCGUUCUCAAAGAAGUGAUCAGACUGGAGCCGAACAACUCCAGCAACUGUCUAAUAGCCGCCAAACUGUGCUACGAACACCUAAACUCGGCCGUAAUGGGCACCAAUUUCGCCAUCGAGGCCAAAGAGAAAGAAACGAGGUCGCCAUCGGGUCUUCUGGGCAGAUGCCAUUUGUUUAUCGGUAUCGGUUACCACUUGCAAUCGGAGGCUUGUCAGUUGAAAAAAGAGAAGGAGAACCUUAGGACGAAUGCUAUUACCAACUUUCAAAGUGCCGUAGAGUUGGAACCAAACGACCACCUAUGCAGAUACUACCUGGGCUUGCAAUUGGCCAUUAAAGGAGACAUUGCAAAGGCGCAGCAGCACGUCAGAAUCGGUUUGGACCUGCAGCCGGAAAGUUUCUCGACGUUGCAUUUGUUUGUGUUAAUUUUGACGGCCGAAAGGCAACAUAAGAUGGCGCUGCAAAUAGUCGAAAACGCUUUGGAAGAAUACCCCGACUGUUUGAACCUCAUGUACUUAAAGGCUCAUCUGGAGUUGCACGAAAAAGGAGGAGAUAAAGCCCUAGUAACAGCAAAACAAAUGCUAGAACUGUGGAAAAACCUAUACGAAGGCCAAACCAUUUCCGACGUUCCUGAAUGCGACAGAAAAAGUGACACUCGUUCCGUCUUCCAGUUAUACACUUCAGAAAUGUCAGAUAAAGACUCGAGCUCUCUUCAGCUGCAUAACACUGCGGUGUCGCGCGUAGAACAAGCUCUAAGCGAGGUUGCCAGCUCUCUCAGCAGUUUCAGUCCGCGACCGGGCCCUCAGAGGGCGUGGCUGUUGCAGGUGGAAGUGUGGCUGCUAUUGGCCGAACUUUACCUGUCAAUGGAUCAAGAAGGCGACGUGCAGCAAUGCAUACAAGAGGCCACUCAUAUUUAUCCGUUAAGUCAUCACAUUAUGCAUAUGAAAGGUCUGCUGCAUGUUCACAAACAAGAAUGGCCUGAGGCGAAAUUGUGUUUCCAAAAUGCUGUGGCUAUAAAUCCUCAGCAUGUCAAGUCCUUGCAGCAGUUAGGGCUUGUUUAUCACUACUUGGGACUACAGGGUUUAGCUGAAACUACGUUGAGAGAAGCUGCUAAAAUUGAGCCCAAGAAUCAUAUUACAUGGUAUAACUUGGGGAAAGUUUUGGAAGCUCUUGGCGAGUUUGAAAAAGCAAGUAACGCAAUGGCUACUGCACUAAUGGAAGAAAAAAAUAGUCCCAUACUACCCUUCAACUCGGUUCCUUUAAAUUUCGAAUAAAUAUUACAGGAAAAAAUAUCAUAACUACUUUGUAUUAGUGGUGGCAUUUCAUUUUUUAACUGUGGUAUUAGAAAUAUUAUAAGGUAUAUAUAUAUGUAGUUUGUUAUUUAUUGUGUAAGGAGUAUUUAAUAAAAUGUUACAAGUAAUGUUACAUUUAAGGUGUAUAUAAGAUUUUAAGGAAUACAUGUUUUAAUAAAAU